GUCAUUCGUGGGGAUUUGCGUGAAGGGCGCGGUGAUGUGUAUCCGCGUGCAGUCUGCGGUCCACCGCCAAAUUCAAACAGUGAAAGAAAGAAACCACAGCAACAGGCAGCUGAAGUAGAGAGGACAGACAGAUUAUCACAAGUGAUACUUUCAGGUAAGCUCAGUCGUCAUGGCCUCUUCAGUGAUGGAUGGAGUUGGUAGGGCUGUGGUGGGAGUCUGGCGGGCACAUACAGUCCUGGAUGAGUCUGACGGGACAGAGAGCUCCCCAGAAGCCCCCGAUCGUUUCCGCAAGCUUCGCUCCUCGUCUUCACUAAACUCUCUGCGAAUGUCUUUGCGCAAGCGGCUCCCGUUACGUUCUGUUCAGACCAACUCCCUCCCAGAGAAUCCAACUUGGGAAACCCUGAAGGAGCAACCAAAACCCAACACAGUCCGCAAACUCACUCGCAAUGCUCGGAACUCCAUCACUGGAGUGUAUCAGAGGCUGCAGAGGACUAGAGAGUUUGCACGUGAGGAGUGUUUGGUAGCGACCCCGGGUCAGACAUGUGAUGGGGAAGAAGCUGGUGCGUCAACUUCUCGCACCCCAAGACAUACGCCUGGCCGAGCUGCAACACCCAGACGCACCCCCAGAUCAGCAGCCACACCCGGACGUACCCCAGGCUCUAGAGGAAGAAGGACUCCCGAGGGUGGCGUACGGGGGGUGAAAACAAGAGGAGGCAGGAGGCAGCUGGUCCGCAUGGCUGCAUUACGAAGUCCCUUUGCCUCCCCCAACACACAGAACCAGAGACUAAAGUUUGACCGAGAUUUGGAGUCAGUGUCCAGUGGACUAAAGAGGCUCAAACACCUGUCCAAAGCCUUUGAUGACAUAAUUGGCAGAGACGACAGAACCAGUACAAGGGAAAGUUCAGGAGGAGUGAUAAUGAGAAAGUUGGACCCCAGCGGUAAACUCAGCCGCUCAAACCUCACACGUCGAGCCACGCACCUCUCAAACACAGUGGGAGGUUGGGCCCACACAGCUGUGAACACUAUUCGCAAACCCAACUGAACAUGUAAAACACAGGACCUUUUGUAGCCAUGUUUCACAUUUAUCAUUACUGAGGUAUCACUGUUACAUUUACAUGUAGUGUUGUCAUGAUACUGGGAGACUGUUACAUGGCAGCUUGUCUUCUUAUUUUAUCUAUAAUGUGUAAUUGGCAACAUCAAGUAUUUCUUGUGUGUUUACACGUCUCAGGUUAGCUAGUGGGUAAAAUAUCCUUAAUGUAGCUACCAAAGGGAUUUUUGUAUUGUGGUGUGUGUACCUGUCAUAGCUGCUACAACCAAAUGUCUUAGUUAUAUUUUCAAUAUACUAAUAUUGUAGUUUGUAUUCUCACUCUCUGCAUAGAAACUUUUUGCUGUUUUCUGAAAUUGACUUUAAAAGAAACGCUGCAUGAGAAUGCAAAAUUGUAUCAGCAGAACUAACACUAAAUUUACUGACAGAGGGAAGAUGCGUUUUCCUGUAUUUUAUAUGUAUGCAAUAAGGUUACUAACAUAUGUUAUGAGUUUUUAAAUGUCAUUUAAUAAUGCCAAAUUGUAAAGUGUAUUUUCUGUGAAAGGGGACUUUUUUAUAUAUAGCUUAGGCGGGAUUUUCAUGGGAUUUUUUUUUUUUUUUUUUUUUUUCAUAUGUUUCUUAAUGGCCUGUGGAUGAUUCAUGCACCAAUACUGUUCUCAUAAAUCAUUUGAUAAUGUGAUGGGGGAAGAUGUAACGACUCAUUACCUGAUGACAACUAUUAUGUUAUAAAGCCAUAUCCAGCAAGUUAUUAGCAUAGUGACUGUCAAACAAGCAGCAUCAAAUUAAGCAAAAUAUUCUUCUGUCUGCCAUUUCAAUGUAUUUGUACCCCCUUUUCUGCCGUAAUGAGAAAAGGGGAGACAUCGUACCUAAAUGUGAACAAAAAUUGUAAUAAAACCUGUAAGCUUCAACAACCCA